AUGCACCAAGCGCUUUUCCACACAUUCUUGCAUCAUGACACAGAUGGCUUUGGAAUGUGGAUGCAGGUGCUGUUGGGGUACAAGCUGUGGGCAUUUGUCAAGCAUUGCAACCUGGACGGGUGCAAGAUGUUUCAAGAGUACAGAGACACCGCCAUUGACUAUUCCAACCAGACACGUGUGCCCCAUGGGUACUAUGGCAUGGAGUCCAACCAUUUUGUCAUCACUGCAGGACCGGGCGACCUCAUCAUCCAACCUACUGGGGUAUUCCAUGAGGUGUACACCCCCGUGCCCUCUAUCACCCUUGGCAGCCAUUUCUACAGGCAGUACACUGCCGCUCCUGCGUUGGAUCCGGAUGUGCUGAUGGCUAUCGAAGAUGCGGCUGCCAAACGAAAAUCGGGCAAAGAGUACUCGGUGACUACCGCACGCGCGAAAUCGCUGGCCAACAAUAUUGUCCAAGGGCUGGGCCUGCCCCAGCACGCGAGGCGAGGGAAAAAGGCAAAGGCGCAGGAUGAGGAGGACUAUUUGUUUGAUGAUGGGCAGUGGAGCGACCCUGGUGACGUUGUCGACCUUGGCCCCAUCCUUUGGCCAUAG